AAAUGUGUAAUUCUUUGUAAGAUGUGAGUUCCCGUUUGCGUUACUCUUGGCUGGUGGAAGGCUUCCCUCGCCGCAGAAAAAACCCUCCCCCGCCGCCUCGUUACUCCCGAUCGCACAGUCGACGCUUCGCUUCUCCAGUCAAUUUUAAACGCCCUGGUUUCACUCUUUUCCUUGGCUCUAACUGAAAACAGCAAAGCAAAAUGAUCAAAAGGAGAUUCUACAGGACUGAACGAGGUGAAGGUGAUGGCGCAUCGGAUUCCUCUUCUUCAGAUUCUGAAGUAGAGGCAGAAGCCACAGAAGAGACAGAGGCAGAGGAUGAUAAAGAUGCUGUUGCUGGAGUUAGAGAAUAUCAUGAAUCUUCUUCCUCUGGAUAUGAGAGUGAGGAUAGCUCAGCAAAAGAAGUUGACGCUCAUUCAACAGGCUUACUGACGAAUGAUGAUGACAUUGGAGCUGGACAUGAUGGAAGAAAUGUUGCUGAAAGACACUUGUCUAGUAAAAAUGAGGAUGAAAUUGUUGAUAUGCUAUCCAAGAGUAUGGGUGAAAAGGAGUCAGUCCCAGCUGACGUAGGAUGUAUCUUGAAAUGUAAAUCAGUUUUUAAGUGCAGGCUAUGUCCAAGAAUUGUUUGCUUGACAGAGGAGACUUUGAAGGCUCACCUACAAUCCAAGAGGCAUGCCCGAUCAGAAAAAUUGCUUAGUCAAGGGAGGCUGAAGGUCAUGCUCAACAGUGACGGGGAAGUGGAGGCAGACGGAGAGACUCAUGCGGAGAGGCAUGCUCGAACAGUUGCCAGCGCAACAACACAGAGUUCGGCUAGUGCACAGAAGAAAAACAGAGGGCGGCAGAGGCAGAGGGAAAGGUCAAAGAAAGGGAAAAAGGGCAAAGAUUUAGAUAAAGCAGGCCAAUCAACAAAGAGUCCAGCCAAGAGAAGGCGGAAAAGUGAGAGUUGAAGCGUGCAUUAAAGCUCGCCCCCCUCUGCGUUGGAACGCAAGAUAACAAAGCGAGAACGAAACAAAGGAAUAGCUUCUUCUGACCGGCUAAGAGAUGAGUGAGUGGUACUACUUGGUGCUAACUAUUGGUUUAUUUGCGUGCAAAGGAGUUUGACGGCUAUUAUAUUAUUAUCAUCCUAUUGCUUUUAUUCCCUUACCCUAAUCUGGAUUCAUAAUUUUGUAUCCGUUUCUGCUUCCUUCCAGUCCAGCGAGAAUUACAUUUUUGGUAAUAUACAAUUUUGGCUUUGUUUUAAUGAAGAAAAAAGGGAACACUACUGGGGGGCCGCCUUCUUGUGUCUUAUAGAAGCUUGUGGACUAUUCUUUA